UUUUCAUUUUCAUUUCAGCAACAGCAACUGAAGUGAAUGCGCCAGUACAAUGGAGAAGAUUUUAUGUAAUGUCCACGGCAGCAUAUGUAUGCUAAAAACGGGCGUUAAAGAUGGACCAAGUAAAGGCAAAAGCUACUUCGUCUGCGUUGACAAGCAAGGCUGUGAUUUCUGUCAUGUGGCCAGCAUCCCUCCAUCCCACUGCCUCCAACAUGAAGAUUCAAUGGUGGAGCUCCAGGCCCUCACCUACAGUCUACAACAGCAGAGCCACAGGUUGUUCUACAGGUGCAUUGAAGGCAAAAAGGCAGGCCAGAAGUGGUGUGGAAAUGUGCCUUGGACUGCACCAGAGAAAGAUAAGAGAAACCCUCUAUCUUACACCCAGCUUCAGCCCUCUUGUCUGCCUCCCGUCCUAAACCCCUUUAAAGCCGGUGGCAAGACGGACAAGGACUCUGAGUGGAGAAGGAUGCAUCGGGGGGGAGAUGAGGAGAAAGACGGCAAGCCAAGUCACAAGGCUGAGGGAAGAGAGGGCUAUCAGAAAGAGAAUGUGGAGGUGGCUGGAGAAAAGGUGAAUCAAGAGGAUUCUUACCGAGGUAAACCACUCCCACCGGGGAUGAAGGUAAAGAAGAGAGUUUCCGAUGAGGAGAGAAACAGUUCGGAAGCAAGCGGUCUGGAAAAUAAUACAGAUAAGGUGCAAGACAAGACUAAAGAGCGCCACCCAAAGCAAGGAGAAACAGAAGAAACAGUUUCUACCUCCGAUGUUAAGGCUGCUCACCCCCAGAAGGUACAUACAACUUUACAAGAUCCUCUUAAGGAGUUACCCCAGCAUCCAAACAAGGGUAAAGCCUCUCUGGUGGAACAAACCAAGCCUACUGUAAAAGAGACCGUUUCUAAACCUAUAUCUACUCAAAUCACCCCGGUGUCCAGUGGCUCUGAUAACACCAGGAACCCCACAUCUACCAAACCAACACAACCAGAUGAUGAUGAUGAUGUCGUGGUGGUGUCAGUGAAACCUGCGACUCAGAAAUCUCCUUCUGUUGCUGCAGUUCAAAAGACCCUGACCACCUUCGCUGGCUUCCAGCCUAAGGUCAAAGGUCAACAGGAAGUUCCUAAAGGGCUUCACAGCCUGCUCUCUGCUCAACUCCAACAGAAAAAGGCGACUCUGUCUGUGGUGAAUCUGGCGGCUCUGCCUGAUAAAGGGGAGAGGCUGAUGACUCAGGUGAAAGAGCUGGAGGACGCCCUGGAGUCCAUGAGCCUCGCUGCUGCUUCUCAGCCUGAGGCCGAGGCCGGACGUAAAAGUGCUGCUGCUUGUCCAAUUAGCAGCCAGAUGAACCCAUUCGCCCGGCAGGGGGGCACCAUCCUGCUCCCAGCCCCCCCCGCCCCGGGCCUGUACCAACACGGGGCCUCCGGCAGCUCCCUGGGGCUCCAACUGAGCCAGGGUCACCCCCACAUGCAUGGAGGGAUGUCAGAGGUUCAGUCCUUUUACGGCGGCAGGAUGACUAACGACCGUCUACUAGCAGUAAAAAAUGCGACCUGCGAGGCCACCGACCAUCUCCACAAAUCCCUGGAGUCCUGCCCCGACCCUGAGGCCGAGGUCCCUGACCCCAAGGGCAUCAAGGUGACUCUCCUGCCCCAUCAGAGGAGCGCUUUGGCCUGGCUGCUCUGGAGAGAAACCCAAAAUCCCUGUGGAGGAAUUCUGG